AUCGAUCGAGAAAACAGUUGACGCAGGGAGCCCAGAAUAAAAGACCAGGUUACUUUUAAACAUUAAGCACUCCGAAUUUCAUACUUUUCACCCCACGAAGUGAAGCAUCGCAAUUAAGAAACUCCGGUGCAGACGCCAGCUACAGCGAGGUAGGACCGACAAUGUCGAAAAAAAGUAAAGAAAAGGACGAAGCGAUGGCCUCAAGCGAGGGGUUCAACCUGGACGGCAUCUUGAGCGAGCUGGGCAGCUUCGGGAAGUACCAGCUGCUGCUGCUGGUGCUCCUGGCCUUCCGGGACUCCUUCCUCGCCAUGUGCAACUUCAACUUCGUCUUCACCGCCGCCGAGGUCAAUCACAGAUGUCUCGUACCAGAAUGUGAACCUCUAGACUCCAGAUUCAACGCAAGUUGGACGGGAUUCAUCCUCAAUGACCCCAGGACUUGCCAAAGACCAGAGUCGCUCCGAGAGUGGAACAGCUCCGCACCUGAUAACUUCACCUCGCUGCUGGCUUCCAGCGAGUUCUGUUUGUCCCGCCGCUUCGUCUCCAAUAAGACCGUGGCCUGCCAAGAGUUGGUGUACGAAAACUACAAUAGCAUCGUGGCUGAGUUUAACCUGGGCUGCGAGCCAUGGAAGAGGACCAUGAUCGGGACAGUGCAUAAUCUGGGAUUAGUGUUCUCUUUUCUGCUGUCAGGAUUUAUAUCAGACAGAUACGGCAGAAAAGUGGUGAUAGUUGCGACCCCGCUAGCGGUGGGCGUGGCGGGGUUGAUGAAGUCCUUCUCCACCAACUACUGGAUGCUUCUGAUCUUGGAGUUCUUGGAGACGGCGCUGGGCUACGGCAACGCGUCUUUGGUGCUUUCAUUAGAGACAGUGAGUCAGAAACGCCGCGUGAUCUUCUCCUGCAUAGCAGACAUGAUGUCCAGCUUCGGCAGCGCGUUCUUCGGCCUCAUAGCUUGGAAGGUUCCCUACUGGCGUCACCUAAUGAGAGCCAUUUAUGCGCCGUUACUAGUGGUAGUAUUCUACAUCUUCCUGGUAGACGAAGGAGUUCGGUGGCUGCUAGCUCACAACAAGAAGGACGAAGCUGUCAGGGUGCUGAAUAAGGUCGCGAAGAUCAACAAAAUAACAUUGUCGAGCAAGGCGAAGGAAAUGCUGCAUAGCAUAACGGAACAGAGGAGUAAGGCUGAUGAGGCCGGCCAACAUUCUCCGGAAAAGCCGCACUUAGCUUCCGUUCUCCGCUCCAAGAAGAUGCUCCUGCGCGUGGCGCUCAUCGCCGGCUGCUUCUUCUGCGGCAUGUUCGUGUACAACGGCGCCAUCAUCAAUAGCACCACUAUCUCCGGAGACAAAUACCUGAACCUCUCAGUCUUACUGCUGGUGGCAGUUCCGACGAGGAUCAUAACAGCUCUGACGCUGACGAGGUUUGGAAGAAAGGCUCCAAUUUGUGUGGCGUACUGCCUGUGCGCUACGUUCUUCAUUGUGUCGGCCGUUGUGCCGAAAUCAUGGGCCUGCGCCUCGGUUAUGUUGUACGUAUUCGGUCAGAUGUGCACCAACUACGGCUUGUUCUCCAUCAGCGUGGUCGCGCUGGAGGUGUUCCCCACCACGGCCAGGAACUCCCUCACCAACAUCGCCAACACCGUCGGCAGAGUUGGGUCGGUGCUUGCUCCUCAAGUUCCGCUUUUGGAGCAGUAUCUUUCAGGUAUGCCAAGUAUAGUGUUCGGCAUAGUAUCGUUAUGUUCGGCGAUGCUCACUCUCUUACUGCCCGACACAAGUCGAGCUGCAUUACCUGAUUUUGUAGCUGAAGCAGAGAAGAUCGGCGAAGAAGAACAAACUGAAGACGAAGAAGCUGCUGAACAGAUAAAUACUAUAUCUCGCAGUGUACAACAAGCGGUAGAUAAAACAUUUAUUGGCGUAAUUGACAAAGAAAAUCCGCGAUGACCUGGAAGUCGAAGAGGACACUAAAAAAGUGAUUGAACUUUUCCGUGAUAGGACGUGACGAUCUCAAGAAACAGUAGGUGUUAAUAAUGUGGUUCCUUUAAGAGACUAAUAUUUUUAUAUAAUAAAAAAUAUGAACAGUUGUCGCCUGAUGGUAAGUGCGCAGCAAUAAGUCAUGAAUGUACUAACAAAUAUAAUAAAUUUGAAUGCGAAAGGUUUGUAUCAACUAUUCAUUCUAAAUCCAAUCUACUUUGACAGUAUAUAACCUGAUCAUAAGAAAGGGAAAUGACGAUAAAAUGGAGGGAACAGAUCUCACCUAAAAUUGAUAUAGCACACGUUGUUACUUUUACGACUUCCUAUACAUAAAACUUACAUGAAACUUUAACAAUAUCUAAUUGGAUAACAGCUUCAUAGAAAUCGAUAUUAUAUUAAACACAUGCACUUUAAAGUCUGACUUCAAUUUAGUUGGGUGUGACGCAUCGCAUCACUUGUAGAUUUUGUCUGCGAUUUUGUAGCCAUUAUAAUUAUAAUAAUCUCAAAGGAAUGUCUUAAUCUUUUUUAUGUUUUGUUAUUAGUAUAACAAUG